AUGGCCCAACUAUUAUCGAAUUGGCCACAGAUCGCUCAUAUCUAUCUGUACGAUCAAAAGAACGAACAACCACUAUCAUUGGAUAUCAAAUAUGUCCGAUAUUUCACCCAAAGUAGUCGAAAUCUAUUCAUUUCAUUAGUACGUGAUAUUGAACUUGAACAAGGUAUUCCUCCUGCUAUGACUUAUUUUACUUCAAACAUCUUGACAACGGAAAAAUCCUUGCGUGAUCUUUGUUCCGAUCAUCAAUCAGCGACAUUUGUUUGGCAUCAACUACUGAUCGAUGUUAUUCGUCAACUUCCCCAAAAACUCAACGAUAAAGAAGAGAUGGUCGAUUUCUUGCGCAUCUAUUUCAAAGGCAAUGCUGUUCAGCAACAACAAAUUAAUCAGUUUAUUGUCGAAUAUAAGUCAACGGAUGCCAUUCGAUGGUAUACUAAACCAGGAUUUCUCUUUCAAGUACUCAAUCGAGCAUUUCGUACGCAGAAUAUUGAUAAUAUAUUCAAGCUUCGAUAUUUUCUUCAAGAUUUAUAUCAUCAAUUAGAGAAUGAACAUCAAGUGCAACGUGAAAUGCUUGAAUUUGUCACUGUCUAUCGAGGUCAAUUGAUGUAUCAGCACGAUUUUAAUGCAUUGUUGAAGAACAGUAAAAACAGAAAUUUGAUUGCUUUCAAUAGUUUUCUAUCGACAACUUAUGAACCCGAUGUUGCUUCAACCUUGGCCGGAUGCAAUUCAAAUACCAAUCCGAACGAGUUUCCAGUCAUUUUUCGAUUUAUUCUCAAUUUGGAACAUAGUAAAUUACCGAUAGUCAAUAUUAGACAUAUGAGUUUAGUGCCAGACGAAAAUGAAACACUCAUAGCUAUGGGUAGCAUUUUUCGAAUUGAUCAAAUCAACGAAAAUAAAGAGACCAGAGUUUGGCAUGUGGAUUUGACUUGGAAUGAUGAAAUAGAUGAACGAUUGAGUUCGAUGAUUCGUUAUUUGAAAGAACAGAUGGAUAAUCAAUCAACACUAAUGGUUCUCGGACGUUUUCUUGGUGAGUUUUCUUGUCAUUGUGUAUGGUGA